UUAGCCUUCUGCUCUUUUGUUUUACUGCGAUGUCUAUAUAUGCUCUGAUAGAAAUAAAAGAAGAGCUUGCAAAAUUGCAAACAGAGUUCAGUUCAAACAGGAAUCGUGACGGAAUUCCACAAUCUGUCUCCUUGAUGCCCAGUGACACCGGUGGAGCAAGUGGGGACUUUCGUGCUGUCUUUGCGGAAAUCCGCCAGAAAGGAAAAAGAACUGAGCUAAACCAAGAUGUAUUUAUAAAAAGCAGGUCACAGAGAUCCACCUCUGAAGCUAAUGGACAAGUGUUCCAAUCCUUCUUGCAGCUGAUUGCUGAUAGAAAACGUACAGUUAAAGAUGAAGAUGACUCAAGCAUCAUACCAUGGCUUCUAAGUUUGAAGCAGGGGACUGCUAUGGAAGAAAAGACAAAUACAAUAUUAAUAAAAGAAACUGGUUACUUUUUCAUUUAUGGGCAGGUCUGGUAUACAGAUGAAUUGUUUGCAAUGGGCCAUCUAAUCCAAAGGAAAAAGGUCCACAAAGUUGGGGAUGAUCCCAUUUCAAUUACAUUAUUUCGGUGUAUACAAAACAUGCCGGAGUACCUUCCAAACAAUUCAUGUUUCACAGCUGGAAUUGCAAAAUUAGAAGAAGGUGAUGAACUACAGCUUAUUAUACCAAGAAACAACGCCAAAAUAUCUUUGAGUGGUGAUGGCACAUUCUUUGGGGCAAUAAGACUUUUAUAAAUAAGAAAAA